AUGAGAUUCUCCGCUAUCUUCGUCCUGGCUUCUGCCACUGCCGCCAUGGCCAUGAACUCCACUCCUGCUCUUUUCGCUCGCCAGAACUCUGGUGCCACUUGCUCAAACGGCGAGUCUGCUUGCGGUUCUGGAUGUUACGACCCCACCGCCUACCAGUGCUGUGGUUCUCAGGGUCAGGUCUGCCCUAUUGGCAACUACUGCGCCAGCGCCAACCGCUGCUGUCCCAAUGGUGCCAACUGCGACGGUCAGGGUACUUCGACUGCUGAGGGUUCUUCUGCCACCGCUGUCCAGUCCGGAUCCACCAUCCUUGGAAGCUCCGCUGCCUCUUCCGCAUCUUCUGCUUCAUCCAGUCUGACAUCAAGCGCCGCAGCCGCAUCCUCCGCCGCAAGCAGUGCCAGCUCCAGCAUGUCUUCAGCUGCCUCAUCUGCUUCUUCCUCAGGAUCAAAGGCUGCUUCUUCCAUGAGCAGCUCUAUGUCAUCCGCUGCAUCUUCCGCUUCCAAGUCUGCCUCUUCGGCCUCAAAGUCUGCUUCUUCUGCUUCCUCAUCAGCUUCCAAGUCUGCUUCUUCAGCUGCUUCGUCUGCCUCCAGCUCGGCAACCGCAACCUCUUCUGGCGCUGCUGUUGCUGGCCCCGUCGGCAACUUUGGACUUGCCCUUCUCGGUCUUGCUGCUCUUAUCUAA